AUUCCUUUUUUUUUAGUAGUUUCCUUGGUCUCCCCCAUUUUAGCAGUAAAAUAUGCCUUUAAUCAUCAUAAAGACAUUUUUUCAUUCAACCUAGUAGAUUUGGGUUCUUCAGUUCUGAGAAUUGAUGUAAUUUUUGAUGGUUACAGAACAACUUUUGCCUCUUUGGUUUGUUUUAUUGCACUUGGGGUUAUCUUUUUCUCUUUAGAUUACAUGAAGGGGGAGAAGAAUCAGGUUCGAUUUUAUUUUUUAUUUUUUUUUUUUAUUUUUAGAAUAUUAACUCUUAUUUUUAUUCCCCAUUUACCUGGCCUUUUUUUAGGUUGGGAUUUGUUGGGUAUGUCCUCAUUUCUUUUAGUGAGUUUCUAUAAAUCCUCAUCCGCUUCUAAAGGGGCUAUGUUGACGGCUCUUACUAGUCGGAUUGGGGAUGCUUUCCUUUUAAUCUUCUUAACUUUUUGUUCCUUAACCUACGGAAGUGUAGAUCCUGCUUUUUUAUCAGCUAAGAGUAUUCCAGUUAUUGUUGUUUUUUGUAUUAUUUUAGCAGCUAUAACUAAGAGGGCACAAACCCCAUUUAGUGGCUGACUUCCAGCAGCUAUAGCUGCACCCACACCUGUUUCUGCUCUUGUUCAUUCAUCAACCUUAGUGACAGCUGGUGUAUAUAUAUUAAUUCAAAAUUUUAGAGUUGUAUUACCAAUUUGUUGAUUAUUAUUAGGGAUUGGUGGAAUUACUAUAGUGCUUCCCGGUCUAAUAGCACUGUUUGAGACGGAUCUUAAACGAGUUGUUGCUCUGUCAACUCUAAGUCAGCUUGGAUUAAUGUUUUUUUACCUAGGGGCUGGGUUUAAAGAGUUAGCUUUUGCACAUAUGGCAUCACAUGCUGUGGUGAAAGCUCUCCUGUUUGUUAGUGUUGGAAUAGUAAUUUAUGCCAGAUGUCAUUGCCAAGACAUCAGUUUCUUAGGGGGUCGCCUAAACUCGAUACCAAUGGCUCAAGUGGGUUUCUUAGUAAGGUUACUGGGACUAGUCGGUUUUCCAUUUGUAGGGUGUUAUUAUAGGAAGCAUGCACUUAUUAGGGGUCUUAGGAGGGGAGUAUUUAGGGCUGGAGUACUUUUGGUUCUAUAUAUUGGGUUUUUUUUUACAGUAGCCUACAGGACUCGACUUCUUAGAGUAAUAGUUUUACUCAGGUCUGCUAAGGCUACACACCCUACUGUAGAAUAUAAAAGGUUCAGAUGAUGAAGAUCAUUAUCUGUUUUUAUGUUAAUAUUUGGCUUGGCUGUUCUCCCAUUUAUUAUCUACCCGUUAAGCGGGGUGAACACUGGAUUAGAGAUUAAAGCUAGAAAUAAUUGCUCCUAUAAUAUAACGAAUUCUUGAAUAGUAUUUGGAGCAUUUAUUGGGUGGCUGGCCCCACGAAUUUCACCCCAUUCACCAGAUUUAUUUAUAAGAGGUUGAAAUGAUCUUGCUAAGGAAAAAAUUGGUGAUCAUAGAAAAAAUAUCUCAGAGCGUUGUGAUUCCGGGUGAUGAGAGAUAUAUAGUGUAUUAGGGUUUUAUAAUGUCUUCUUAAAAGACUUAUGGCAACUUGAAAUUAAAGUCUAUGAAAAAUUUAAAUCUAGUGUCUUAGAAAAAGAUUCAUCUUUUUAUCCUUGGAUAGUAUCUAAAAUUGAUAGGAUAAUUGAGAAAUCUUGGGGUUUCUUUUAUUUUAUGGUUUGACUUUUAUGUGUUGUAAUGUGAGUUAUAUUUAUGAUUUGAUUAUUUUCUCUAUAG